UGCGUGUGCGCGUGUGCGCGGUUGGAGGGUGGGGUCAGGCUGGAGCUGCCCGCAGCCUUCAGAACCGGAGCGCGAGCUGUAUGUCCAGAAACACACGAUUAAUGCCUUCUACACACAGAUAACACCAGCAGAGCGGAGAGGACGCAGCGACAGAGCGGUGGAGUCAGCUCGUGUGGGUACUGUGUGCUGAAACUUAGAGAGGUGCCUAGAUAUGGCGGCCAACAAGGGUAAAAACCAGAGCUCCUUGGCGCUGCACAAGGUCAUCAUGGUGGGCAGUGGUGGUGUAGGCAAGUCAGCACUCACCCUCCAGUUCAUGUAUGAUGAGUUUGUUGAAGACUAUGAGCCUACAAAGGCAGACAGCUACCGAAAGAAAGUGGUGCUGGAUGGAGAGGAAGUGCAGAUCGAUAUUUUGGACACAGCCGGGCAGGAGGACUACGCAGCCAUCCGAGACAAUUACUUCCGCAGUGGAGAGGGCUUUCUGCUGGUGUUCUCCAUCACUGAGCAGGAGUCUUUCACAGCUACAGCAGAGUUCAGAGAGCAGAUUUUGCGUGUUAAAGCAGAGGAGGAUAAGAUACCUCUGCUACUGGUGGGGAAUAAAUCUGACCUGGAGGACCGCAGGCAAGUGUCAGUGGAUGAUGCCAGAGGAAAGGCAGAGGAGUGGGGAGUGCAGUACGUAGAGACUUCUGCCAAGACACGUGCCAACGUAGAUAAGGUAUUUUUUGACCUCAUGAGGGAAGUGCGUGCCAAAAAGAUGUCGGAAAAUAAGGACAAAAAUGGAAAAGGAAAGAACAAGAAGAACAAGAAAAGCUUCAAGGAGCGGUGCUGUUUACUUUGAACUCCACAUGGACAUUUCCACAUUAAAUCCACAUUAAGAGCCUUUUCUUUAUUAAAAUCAACUAUAAUUAGUAGUGUUUUUAUAUUGGUAGGUAAUCACAGCCAAUGCCUUUCAUUCAGUUAUCCAUGCAAACUACCAGAUCAAAAUCAAAUUCCCAUUUUUUUUUUAAUGGUUCAAGACCACUCCGUGGCUACUUUGUCACAGACUGUAGCACUUUAGGACUUGGUAACAUCAAGGUGACCAAUCUGCACCCAACACUAAUUUUAUUUUGUUCUUCAUCUUUGUAAUUUAUUUUUAUUUCACAGUUUGCUCUAGGUCUCCCUCUAGAAUAUUUCAACUCUGUUUAUCUUGCAGCCUUAAAAAUAUAUUUCCAUUGUAGUUAUGAAUUAUUUCUUCAUUCAUUCAAAAGAGAUCCUUUACACUUCUUUAAUGCAGAUUAAAGAAAAUCCUCACAGCUUUUACACUUCUCAGAUGUUUACAUUUAAACAUCCCUGAGUUUUGAACCUUUCCAACUUAUGGAAGGAUAAGGUAGGAUAAAUUGUAGCAUCUUGAAACAAAACACAGUGCUGUGCAAAAGUCAGAAACUACCCUUCAUUUAUUUAAAUUCCAAUCAAAAUGGCUACAACUUAACUAAAUUCAAUGCAAAAUUUCAUUUGUCCACGUUUGCCUUUGUUAUAGCUUCCAUUCUUUUCGGGAGAAUUACUUUCAGCUCAGAAAUAUGUUUCUACACCUGCGAAGUUCUGUCUUAGAAGUUGGUUGCAUUUCUGCUUUCUGCAGUGUGAUUCUCAUAAUCCAAGUAUUGCUGAACACAUUCAGUGAUGAUGAGGUCUGGGCUGGAUGGUUAACUGUUCUGAGAACAUAGGCAGCAUCUUUGUUUGACUUGCAAAUGUUCUUUUUUUUUUUUUGUCUAUUUCGUUUUCAGAAUAAUGGCUUUGACAGCUACGCAUCCUUUCAGACUCAGUAUUGAAUUGUCACAGUGGAAGGAUGAACAGAAUGCAACUGCUACUGAUUUAAGGUGUAAUUUGAAAAUUCUAACAAGAUCGCUUCAGCUUUAAUGAGAAUUAAAAUGUAUGCAAAGAGAUGAGGAGUUUGCUCUGUUUCACUGGCGAACAUUUCAAUUAUUUUUUAUUUUAGCAGCAAUCGUAGCAACAGUUUGCUCACCCACAACCAAGCUAACAUUAGUUCCAUUACUUUGUGUCAUUGCUCGCUCUUGUUAUAUCAUGGUCUUUGCCUGUACAAUGCUUGCAAAGGGUUUUAUGUCCAUGAAGAUCUAAAGUGUUGUUUGACUUGCCAAUGCAUGUCCAUGAAUUUGGUGGGUGGAGCUUAUGAAGGAGAACUGAUUGGGGGGGGGUGGUAUUUGUUUUGCUGUUGAGUUCAAAUAUCAGCAACAACGCUAACUGUGCCUUAGAUUGCCCUCGAUCGGUAUCUGCUAUCUGCUGAGUGUCCUGUUUAUCUGUUGGGGACAGUUUUGGCCUACGAGCCCGUGCAUGAUCAUUGGGAGUCAUAGUUUCUCUAUAUGUUUAAUCAUAUAGAUUAAUCAACCCCUCCCCCUCUUUAUUAUCCUUUCUUCUUCCUUCCCCCUUCCUUAUGCAAGGAUAACUAGUCUCCUUGGAAAUGUCUCCUGAAAACUGCAUUUGCACUCAACCAGCCAAUUUGUCCAGAAAUCAAAUAAAUUAAGGUUGGUCUCAAACUUCUGCACAGUACUGUAUGUGGUAGAAAAAAGUUGAAAAUCUAUUCUUCAGUUUCUGUUCUUCAUGAAGCCAUCCUAAAAAGCACAUACGGUUGUGUGGCUAAGAUAUGUGCCUGAUUUCAAUGCAGACAAAUGAAGCGCGUCCUCCCUCCUAACCACUUCCACUUCUGACAAUUUGUGGAAGUACAUUCAUGAGAGUGAAGUGCUGUUAUGCUCAAAAUUGCAAGGUAUUUUAUCUCUUCAUUAUAGAUUUGCUUAGUGAAAGUGCAUAAGAGAAGUGUAUAAGUGCUUUUAUUUUGACUGGACUCAAAACAAUGAUUCAUUUUGAAAUAGGUUAACCCUUACAGUGACACAGCAGGAGCUACACUGCCCCCCAGUGGUUGAAGGAAACACUUGAUGGAGAACAUAGAGGCACAUCAUGUACUGCUUCUAACUAAAUGCCUUGAUGCCUGUAUGUUGUAUUGAAAUAUUUUUGUAGAAAGUAUGUUGUGUCUGCCAUCAUGCAGAGAGAGAAAUGUGCCAUGACUACAUGUGCCAACAUAAUAUCAUAAGAAAAGGAACAACUGCUCUAACUGAAUGUUAAACAGAGCUAAUGGUAAAGCUUUCUAUAUUUGUUCUGGCCCACAGACCCAAGUUCACCAUCUAUGCCCUGCACUCUUUUAUACCAUAUAACAUGACCUUGCCUUUCAGAGCUACUCUGCAAUUUUUAUGAUUGUUUUCCACUGCCUGAUAAAGAGACGAAGUAUGUUGCCAAAUAAACACAUUUCUUUUGUCGUA